AUGCUCAAGAUAUUUGUAUCGAAACCAAUCAUUGACGAUGUCUCAAACAAGGAUGUUCAAACAAUUGAUCAGGAACGGACAUACAUAGAAGUACUAGUCCCAAACAGUGAGGAUGAGUCGGUCACGGCCGAGACAAAGAAAAACCGUCCUCAGAAGCAACCCAGUCCUGGUUCCAUCAAGAACAAGGAGCGAAUAAAUACACCCAAAAAACGUUUCAAGAGGCAGCCAUGCGCUGGUGUCACUGUUAAUAGUGGUGACAGAAACGCGACAUCAGAAGCGAGAACUUUCAAGUCACGCCAGAAGGGUGAUACCUCACAAGAUCUUGCCUUCAUGGAGGGGGUGUGUGACGGGAACUCGGAGUUGAUUUAUCAUGCCAUUGACGGAUGGGAAAGAUGCAACAAUGAUUUGGCAUAUUGGAAGAAAGAAAGCAUCAAGCGGCAGAUAAGAUUGAUCCGAAAAUGCCGAGAUUACGUGAGACUUGAAGAGUGGAAGCGCAAGCUAAAAAUCGAGAAUUCUAAGCUUGAAAAUGAAAAAAGUGAGCUUAGAAGAGAGAUCAGGAAGUGUGAAGAAGAGAUCAGAAAUCUUAAAGGAAAGAAGAUCCAAGCUGAAGAAAGGAUGAUUCAGGCUGAAGAGAAAUUACACGAAGUCGAGAUGAGUCACGCUAAACUUGAAAAGCAGAACAGCGAAUAUAAAAAGAAAAUCAAUCGCCAGCAAAGAGGCAUAGUUAAGCUCCAGAGAAUGUACCAGGAAAAGGACAAUGAGUUGCAGAAACAUGGUCUGACUCCUUCACUAUUGCUGCAAGUGAAUCGGCUCUAUGAAAAGCUACAGCUAGCGCACAUACAAUCUGACGCUUGA